UCGGUUGACUCGAGAAAUCUUUACGUACCGACUCAAAUUCGUAAAUUGGUAAUCGACCCUGCACAUCAUAUGACGCAAUUUCAUAACCUCUCUAUUGAAGAAAGAAAUGUACCCGUACGUGUCUAUGAUUCUUUCGACGCCAUUAUAUCCGGAGGAAUUGAAAUUUGUGGGCUGAAGUCCAUGGUCAUAUCCCGCCGAUCGACGAACGUCGAAUCUGUACACGAAGAAUACAAGUUCAUUGCUCACCGCGAUCAUAACACGAUCUCUUUGAAAGAUGCGGUGCAAAUAUCGAUACACAUCGCGCUUGAAUGUUACAAUUUGAGAAACGUCAAAGUGAUCGAGUUUGUCGAGGACGAUGACAAGAUUCUACUGGAGGAUCUAGUUAUUCCAAUUGUGGACAAAGUUCUGAGCAACUUGCCAUUAGUGCGAUCUAAUCUGACGUUGGCUGCGAUGGAGAACAGAUUCGACUGCUCUUUGUUACCACAAAAUCUAUCGGUCGUACAACCUAACAAAGUGUUAAACGGCGAUACGUUCCUAAUGGUUGUUGGAGUUGGAGUAUUAACGAAAAGUGCACACACAUUACUGUCUAAUAUAAUGGCUGGUGGCUUUCUGUUUACCCGAGAGGACCUCAAUGUCACAUACGACAAUGAGUUGCUCCAACAGUACAAUUUGAAUAUCAUUUUGGAGAAACGCACGGAACGGGAGUUGGUGUUGCUUCUGAGAAAGGCGCAAAGUGCAAUAAUAAAAAGAGAAAUCGUGCAUAUAAACAAUUACGAGUUUUCGUGGAUCGAAAAGCUCAAAUCUUCAUUGGACACGGACGACGAGACGAACUCACGAGUAACACUUGUUGUGGAAGAUGAUCCUGAGUGCGGUGUCAUAGGAUUUGUAAAUUGUUUGCGAAAGGAGCCAGGCGGCGACACAGUUAGAUGCGUCUUCAUUCAGGAUAAGAACGCGCCCAAGUUCUCCUUGCAAGAGCCUUUUUACAUGAAUCAGUUGCGACUAGACUUACCCAUUAAUGUCUUACGUCCCGGCAAAGUUUGGGGCUCUUACAGACACUUGUCAUUAUCGCCGCCGGAACCCAUACCUGUGCAGUGCGGUUACGUCGCUCAAAGGAUCCGAGGUGAUAUGAGCACAAUCCGUUGGGUCGAAGGACGGACAUCUCCCAAACUCAGCCGCGAAAAUAUGAUACAUAAAAUUUACGCGGCACUGAAUUUUAGAGAUAUUAUGAUAGCUACUGGUAAACUGGCGUUGGAAUCCUUCCAAAUGAUUGAACGAGAUAUCGAUUCUUUCUUAGGCUUUGAAUUUGUCGGGUAUGAUGGGUUUGGACAAAGAAUAAUGGCGUUAUGCUCCGAUAGAGGAAUAUCAAAUGUUGCAAUCCAGGACCACGUUAUGUCUUGGGUUAUUCCCGAUGAAUGGACAUUCGAGGAUGCUGCUACAGUUCCGUGUGUUUAUGCCACAAGCUGCUACGCUCUCUACGAGAAAGGAAAAAUGAAAAGAGGAGACAAAGUUCUCAUUCAUUCGGGUACCGGCGGUGUUGGUCAAGCCGCGAUCCACCUCGCGCUGUACGAAAAGUGCGAAGUAUUCACGACAGUCGGAACUUUGAAGAAACGGCAAUUCAUUAGAGAAACUUUUCCUUCGAUCCUUGACGAUCAUAUCGGCAAUUCUCGCGACACAAGUUUCGAACAAAUGAUACUUGAGCAGACACGCGGUCGGGGAGUUGAUAUCGUAUUGAAUUCCUUAGCUGAGGAGAAGCUUCAGGCGUCUAUUCGCUGCUUGGCAAAAGGCGGUCGAUUCUUGGAAAUAGGAAAAUAUGACUUGAUCGCCGAUAAUACUUUAGACAGAAUGAUUUUUGCGAAAGGCGUCAGUUUCCAUGCAAUUAUGUUAGACAAUAUAAUAAGUUCCGUCUCAAAGAAUUACGGAAUUAUAUAUAAUUAUAUGUUACAAUGUCUGAAAAAUGGCUCGAUAAAACCUCUUCCAAGGAAAGUCUUUGAAAAGACCAAAGUAGAAGAUGCCUUCAGGUAUAUGGCAACUGGCAAGCACAUAGGAAAGAUCCUGAUAAAGAUACGCGAUGAAAACGAGCCAUUGAGUCUUCCUAUUCUCGCUUAUCCCCGAUUUUUCUGCAAGUCUCAUAUGUCUUACAUCAUUUUGGGCGGAUUAGGCGGCUUUGGUCUAGAAUUGGCCGACUGGCUGAUUCUUCGCGGAGCAAAGAAUCUUCUUCUCACUUCGCGGACAGGAUUGCGAAACGGUUACCAGCGCUCGAGGGUGGAAUUAUGGAAGUCCUACGGGGUAAAUGUGCAGAUUAUCGCGAGUGCUGAAGCGUCUGAUCACAAGGACGGCGCGUCCAUCCUGAACACUGCCAUUGAAAUGGGACCGGUGGACGCUAUAUUCAAUCUUGCCGUAGUGCUGAAAGAUUCUCUCUACAAGAAUCAGACAACUGAGUCCUUCGAGGAAUCAUUUAAACCGAAAGCAAUGGCGACGAAAACAAUGGACGAGUUGUCCAGGAAAAUGUGCCCUGACCUCCGGUACUUUGUUGUCUUCUCAUCCGUUUCGUGUGGCCGAGGAAACUCCGGCCAAACUAAUUACGGUAUGGCCAAUUCCAUCAUGGAGAGAAUAUGCGAGAGAAGAGUACAAGACGGAUUACCUGGGAUGGCUAUACAGUGGGGCGCGGUGGGUGAUGUGGGUCUCGUGGCCGAUAUGCAAGAGGACAAUAAGGAACUGAUCAUCGGCGGUACUCUACAACAGAAAAUACAAUCCUGUCUUCAGUCGCUGGACACUUUCAUGGUUCUAAAUAAGCCGAUCGUGGGUAGUAUGGUUGUGGCAGAGAAGCGCGCGAUAUUUGGUGGAAUAAUGGACAUUGUGGAAACUGUAGCUAGUAUCAUGGGAAUAAAAGAUGUGAAAGCGGUUGGACUUCGCACUCCCCUGUCAGAGAUGGGUAUGGAUUCAAUGACGGCGGUAGAGAUCAAGCAAACGUUGGAGAAAGAAUUCGACGUUUAUCUUACCGCGCAGGACAUUAGAACUCUCACUUUGGAGAAACUCCACAAUAUGGCCGACAAAGACAAGCGUUUUGAGCAGAUUGAGACACUCGAUUCGGCGGGUAUAAAAUUUUUAAUUCGUUUAAUCAAUAAUUUAGACAUAGUUCCAGAUGUUUGCUUGGAGAUAACUACAAGAAAUAAAGUGGGCACAAAGCGGAUAUUUCUUCUACCAGGAAUCGAAGGUUGCGGGAGCGUAUUUAAUUCGUUGGCUUCGAAAAUCGAAGGUCCCGUGACAUGUUUGCAGCACGGAGCAAACAAUAUCCCCACGAGUGAAUCUGUAUUGCAGUCGGCUGCCAGUCUGUUACCUCAUAUAAUAUCAAAGAUGGAGGGUUCUGCGGAAUUCAUAAUAGUUGGGUAUUCAUACGGGUCGUUAAUCGCUAUCGAGUUGACGAGAUUGUUGGAGGCGAGAAAUUUCACAGGACGGUUAAUAUUAAUUGAUGGCACACCGGAUUAUAUGAAAACUCUGAAAGAUCAAUAUUUUCCUUUCACGAAUCUUCAGGAAUUUCAGAAUAAUGUUCUCCUAGGCCUUAUAGAUCUCUUCUACUCUGUCGAUACUACAUCGGUUUUAUUAGAAUUGUCUAAACACGACACGUGGAAGAAAAAAUGGGAUGCUGUCGUCAAAUGUCUUUCAGACGAUAUUGUGCAAGUAACUUCUCUUGAAAAUUACAAGAUUUAUUGUACAACGGUUUAUAAGCAUCUGAUCGCUAUUCACGAGUAUGAUGCGUCCUCAUCACCGCCACUGAAAUCGCCUAUACUAUUACUAAAACCUACAACGUCCUACCUGCCUUCUGCCGACGAAAAUAGCGACUUGAAAAAGGUAACUGAAGGUAACGUGCAAGUUCGUCGUAUCGAAGGUAAUCAUCUCACGAUGUUGGAAAAUGAUGAACUUGCUGAUAUUAUUAACGAAAUAUUAUCUUGAGAAGUUAAUCUUUAUAAUGUUACAAAAGUUCGUAAUUCUGUAAAUCGAAGGUAUCAAGGUGUGUGGAAAUGGAAGGAGAAUACGCAGAAUAUUUAUUGUAAACAAGGCAAUAAUAAAAUAU